CAUCGACGGUGAACGAAAGGCGAAGGCGCGGAAAAGCGCGUGGAAAAACCAAAUAAAAAGUUGAUGGAAAUGUGAGGCCCAAAUACGUGAGGCGCGACAUUUUCCGGACCAAACUGUGUGUGUGCGUGUGCUGUGUUUUUGUGACUCGGGGCAAAAGUGUAAAUUGCCAUAGAUCAAAGCUCACAAAGCAAACAAAGUGCGAAUUGAUAGGACACAGAGCAAACAUUAAAAAGUGUUAGGAAAAAGAAUAAAUCGAGGAUUGGAGGGAAAGUGAAAAGGUAUAGCUGCAACGCCAAAAAGAGACCGCAAAUCGAGUGGGUCAUCGCAAAAUGUUGACCCUGUGGACGGCACUUUUCUGCUGCCUGACGGGGCUGGCCGUGUGCUACCAGCGGCAAUCUGUGAGCAACAACAACCACAACAACGCCGAGGCGAAGCCCACCCACGCACCCCCCUCGCAUUAUCCUCAUGGCCACAAGUGGAACGAGCCGUACUUUGAUCUCACGAUGCCCAGGAACAUCACAUCGCUGGUGGGCAAAUCCGCAUAUCUCGGUUGUCGUGUCAAGCAUCUGGGCAAUAAGACGGUCGCCUGGAUACGACAUCGUGACCUGCACAUCCUCACCGUGGGCACCUAUACCUAUACGACGGAUCAGCGGUUCCAGACCUCAUACCACCGGGACAUCGACGAGUGGACCCUGCAGAUCAAGUGGGCCCAGCAGCGGGACGCCGGGGUCUACGAGUGCCAGAUAUCCACGCAGCCCGUGCGCAGCUACUCGGUCAACCUGAACAUCGUGGAUCUGAUAGACUCGGAGACCAGCGAUAUGAUGCAGCAGUACUAUAACGACGACGCCUUCUAUAUAGCCGAGAAUCGGGUGUAUCAGUCCAGUAAUGAUGAGUUCGCCGGGAUGUUUGGACCCAUUCAGACAGUUGCGGUGCCCACGGCCACCAUUCUGGGAGGACCCGAUCUGUACGUGGACAAGGGCAGCACCAUAAAUCUCACUUGCAUCAUCAAGUUCAGCCCGGAGCCGCCUACCCAUAUCUUCUGGUAUCAUCAGGAUAAGGUCCUCAGCGAGGAGACUUCGGGCGGUCGGCUGAAAUUCAAGACCGUAAAGUCGGAGGAGACCAAAUCCAUUCUGCUCAUUUACGAUGCGGAUCUCCUGCACUCCGGCAAGUACUCCUGUUAUCCUUCGAACACGGAGAUAGCCAGCAUACGCGUCCACGUCCUUCAGGGCGAGCGACCCGAGGCGAUGCAAACGAACGCGGCCCCGGCAGCCGUCGCCCUGGCCUGUUGGUCCUGUCACUUUGGCCAGGCCACGCAGGCGGUCAGGGUAAUUAGCACAAUGGUGGCGGCACUUGUUUUGUUGGAGGCCUGCUCCUCGCUGUUGCUCCAAGGAGGUGGAGGUGGAGGUGGAGGUGGAGGAGGAGGAGGUGGAUGUCCUGGAGGCGGAGGACCUGCUAAAAUCAGGGAGAUACAAGAGAAACCUUGCCCAAGAUCCCCAGUCGACCCCAAGGAACCCUCGACGACGUCUGAGGAGCGUGUCAAUAAUGGCAGCCGGAAUGCACGGUGAUAAAUUAAUGUCGCCCCGUUGGAAUUCCACCGCCAAUGCAGCGCCCAAAUGCAGCAGAAAUGAUUUAUGGGAGAAGUUGCAGGAGCAGCAGGAGCUGCAAGGAGCUGCAAGGAGCAGCAACUGAGGUCCUUCCACUCCAGCUGCAUGUAAUACCUUUCUGAAAAACCAACUAAUUAUGCUAAUGAUGGAAGAUGCUCCUGCUGUUGCUCCUUCGUCUCCUCCUCACCAAAGUUGUAAGUAAGUGUGUUUCUAAUUAAGUGGGCUGGGGAUUAGUUAGUUAGGCGGAAAUCAGAGCCAUGUACAUAAACUUCUCACGUAAAUUUGCCAGCACACUAGCGAACUUAGCUAAAUGGAAAGCAUUUCGAACGAAUCAUCAAAUUAGAGAACUAUAUUCAAGUGGUUUGCUUAUAGAGCCAGGCCUAGGUGUUUAAAGGAAUAUUAAAGUGAAUAAAAUGGCAAGCAGGGGUCUUUUCGAAAUGUCAGAGAUUUGGAGGUGGCAUUUAAGGUGUCCCCAAGAAAGGCAAUUAAGUAAUUCGCUCUAAAAACCCAAGGUAUCACAUAAUUUGUUCUAUAAGUAUAAGGAAAGAAAUUUAAUUUGUAAAUAGUGCCUGGGACACCUUGACACUGUUUUUAAGUAUCUACAGAUCUCCAAAAAGACCCCUGAUUAGGAACUUAAGUAUAUAUGUAGCGAAAGUUUACUCAGAUCGUUGUAAAUAAUAUUGGGAUUCGUUCUUGAUUUGUGUGUUGUCCUUGGGUUACCCUGUAUAGCCUAGCAUUUAAGCAAUGUAAAUAUUUAGAGAUACAAUGUAGCUAACUGUUUCGACACGAACUUCUUCGAAGGUUCCUAAACUAAUUUUUGAACAAAUUUACAUGUCCACUGGUGACCCCCAAUAUCUAUAGGGAACUGUGGAGAAUUCAUGGGAAAUUCCUGCCAAAACCCGCCUCAGUUUGAAGUGCGACUUUCCGGACUAACAAUUUAUUUAGAAGAAUUUCUCCAAGUCAUGUGGGCAGUUCCUGUUCCCAUUUACCAACGCCCAGUACGAGUUCAUUGCUCCCCUAGUCCAGUGAAAUUUAGAGCUCCCAUUUCAGCAUGUCCGGUUGCAUUUUUACACCCAAACCCUGGCCGUUUCUCCGGAAAAAAGGGGGAAGACACAACUGGCAAGUCACUUUUCACUCUUGUCAACAAAAUAUUUGCAUUUCCAUUCGCCGAGGCGGUCGAAUGUGUUCAGGUUGGGUUUGUCUUGAAGGACUUUGUCCGGGAAACCGAGCCGAGCGAUGGCUCCUUCAUCCUGUGCCACAUUUAAAAAUGUAUGGGGCACUGGGAGUCCGGCCCUUAAAUGGGGCUGAGUUUAACUGAUCAAAAUUGUAAAUAAACCUGCAUAUAUACCAUAUGAAUAAACUAUAAACUGUACUCAAGUAUUCGUGUGGUAGUCGUACAUUACAUAUUAAAACGAACACAUAAUGCACACUGCGCGCGAAUCAGUCAUAUAUAUCUUUAUAUAUAUAUGGAUAUGGAUUUAUAUACGUACAUGGAUGUAUCGGUAUUAAAAGUGUAAACCCAACGCAUGCAAAAUUAGUCGCGACAUGUAAAUGAAUGUUUAAUGGGUAAAUUAAUGUUGCCAUAAGCGGGACAGAAAAAACCAUGAAUAUAAUUGCAAUUAAGCAAAUAAAAUAAUAUAUGUUAUAAGCAUAAUAUGGGGAAAAAUAGCGAGUAUUAUAACAGAAGCCGAAAAGCAGAAAGCGGAAAUAAAAACAAAAA